CAUGGACCGCUGGGGAGACGGAGGCUAGGCGCCCAUGCGUUCCUCAUGUAGUAUUAGCACUGACUUCUUCUAGUGAGCGAUGAGUGCAGCCUGGAAGUACGGAGCCGUGGCGCUAACACUAGUCGCACUUCUUACUUUGACCGACGGCUCCUUGUUACUCCACAACCGUCCACAGCACUCUUCGGCGGAACAGUGGCUUGUCCUGUCCUCAGGAUUGCCGCCUCCACCCGCGCCCGCGGGAGCGGCCAGUCCCGACCCGGCCUUGGACCUCCGGCGGCGGAGAUCUCCCUGGAGGAAGCGGUCGACGGAGGGCGGGGGGCGACUCGCCCGGCUGUACACUCGCUCUCGCCGUGGCAACGUACAAUACGAGAUGCAUCAAAUGGGCCCCCACGCACGAGAUAGGCCAUACGAUGUCCCACAGAUUGAUCGGUGGCUGUACCCGCCUGAGGUACCGGGUCCUGUGGUAGGACAUCUGCCUACAGUAGAGUGCCCGCCGGCGGAAGAGGACGGCAUGGAGAGGUUCGCAUGUCCCACACCCGACAGAACCGGAAGGUACCGCUGUAUAGACGAUCACGUCCUCUGCGACGGAUUCAUAGACUGUCCCAGCGGGGAGGACGAGGACAGGCAGGCGUGCAUGUUCUACAAAACGACGAAGGCUCACUUGGAUAUCCUAGCAGACGCGUUGCUGCGAUGGGCCCGCGGCCGCUAACUCCGACCUAGAGACUCUACAUAUAGUGUU